AUGGAGCGCACAGGGAAGAUCUUUUUCUACGAGGACAAGAACUUCCAGGGUCAUCACUAUGAGUGCAGCAGCGACUGUCCCGAGCUCAACUCUCACAUCCAGCGCUGCAACUCCAUCAGGGUGGAGGGCGGGGCCUGGAUCAUCUACGAGAGACCCCAGUACCAGGGCUACCAGUACGUCCUCAUGAGAGGGGAGUAUCCCAAUUACCAGAGCUGGAACGGCUUCAACGACACCAUCCACUCCUGUCGGCUCAUCAGACAUCCUUCUAGCAUGCACAAGAUCCGCAUCUACGAACGUCCAGACUUCGGAGGCCAGAUGGUGGAGAUCAGCGAGGAUCUGCCCAACCUGAUGGACCAUUGGCGCCACCGUGACAUUCAGUCGGCUCACGUCCAGGACGGCGUCUGGGUUUUCUACGAGCAUCCAAACUACAUGGGACGCCAAUACCUGCUGGAGAAGGGCGAGUACAGACGGCACUCAGAGUGGGGGGCCCUUCAUCCGUCUGUGGGCUCCAUUAGACGUGUCGGGGACUCAUCUUAA